GCACGGUUUCUGGGUUCUACUAUUACCAUGCACAUUCACCGUGUUCAUCUCCUUUCGAUAAUCUUCCUCCUCCUCCUUCCCCCCUUUACUCUCACCCUCAGGUAACAUAACAUUAAUUACAUUACCCUACAUUAAUAAUUCAUUUCCCAUUGAUUCAUCUUUUUCUUUCAAAACUAAUUAACCAAAUUCAUACACAAAAUUAAACGUGUAUUAUUAUAUCAAAUUAUAAACAUAUACUAUACUUCAAAACAAGUUUGCUGCAUUACAUUUUUUUAAUGCAGAUUUGAGUAUACAUGAUUGCGGUAAAUAUUUGAGGGAGCGGUUAAGGCUUCUCCGGUAAUUUAUUUAUAAAUAUAAUUUUUUAAUAAUGACUGAUAACUCUCCAACACAAUCCCCGCCAUCGCCACCACCACCACCGGAGGUUGAUAAUUCCUCGCCACCACCACCACCACCAGAGGCUGAUAAUUCGUCUCCGCCACCACCUCCAUCAUCACCUCCUCCGUCAUCUCCACCUCCAUCACCUCCUCCGUCAUCUCCACCUCCUUCUGAUGACUCUUCUCAAUCUCCACCAUCACCACCACCACCACCACCGUCACAAUCACAGUCACCUCCUAGCAACAAGCCAUCUCCUCCAAAACGGGAAGUGUUUUCUCCUCCACCACCACAGCGUCACCGUUCGUCCUCGCCAAAGUCAUUAGACUCUGAUAAGAAUGAUAAGACACAUGAAGGAGGUGGGGAUGAUUUGAAUAUGGGAGCUAUGAUAGGAGUUGCAGGUGGAGCUGGUUUAUUGCUACUUGUUCUUAUCACACUCUUCAUUGUAUGUUCAAAAAGGAAGAAGAGACCACAACCUCACCUUCAUUACUAUGGCAAUCAACCAGGAGGUCCAAAUCCGUAUGUGUACAAUAAAGGCGAUGUAUACAAUAAGGGUGACCACGUGGUUAAUAUUCCUCCACCAUCUCAAGGUGGAGCUCGGGGUCCAUCACCAAAAACCAAUCAACCACGGCAUCCUAGUAGCAGUGACUUUAGCAACUCAAGUUACUCUGGGCCGCACGGUCCUGUAUUGCCACCACCACAUCCAACUGUUGCACUUGGGUUCAACCAAAGCUCAUUCACCUUUGAUGAGUUAUCAGCCGCUACUAAUGGAUUUGCGCAACGAAACUUGUUAGGUCAAGGUGGAUUUGGAUAUGUACAUAAAGGUAUUCUACCUAAUGGUAAGGAAAUAGCAGUGAAGAGCCUUAAAUCAACUGGUGGACAAGGUGACAGAGAAUUUCAAGCUGAGGUUGACACUAUCAGCCGUGUUCAUCAUCGCUAUCUUGUUUCGCUUGUUGGAUAUUGCAUUAGUGAUUCUAAAAAGCUUCUUGUUUAUGAAUUUGUUCCUAACAAGACCCUUGAUUACCAUCUUCAUGGAAAGGGUCGACCUGUGAUGGAUUGGGGCACAAGGCUUAAAAUUGCGAUUGGAUCGGCCAAAGGGCUUGCUUAUUUACAUGAGGAUUGUCACCCUCGUAUCAUUCACAGAGACAUAAAGGGUGCAAACAUUUUACUUGAAAACAACUUUGAAGCAAAAGUGUCAGAUUUUGGAUUGGCAAAGUUUUCUCAAGACACAAACACUCAUGUUUCUACUCGUGUCAUGGGAACAUUUGGGUAUAUGGCUCCUGAGUAUGCAUCAAGUGGUAAGCUAACUGAUAAAUCCGAUGUCUUCUCUUAUGGUAUUAUGCUUUUGGAGCUCAUAACUGGAAGACGACCAGUCGGUAACACCGGUGAUUACGAAGAAGACAGUUUGGUUGAUUGGGCUAGACCACUUUGUGCAAAAGCAUUGGAGAAUGGAAUAUUUGUUGGAUUGGUGGAUAUACGUUUAGAGGACAAUUAUGACAAACAUGAGAUGCAACGUAUGAUAGCUUGUGCUGCUGCUAGUGUUAGGCACUCAGCAAGAAGGCGUCCAAGAAUGAGUCAGAUUGUACGUGUGCUGGAGGGAGAUGCUUCACUAGAUCAAGUGCUUAGUCAUGAUGGAGUUAAACCUGGACAAAGUGCUAUGUCUACCAUUCCAAGUGGAGACUAUGAUGCUGGGGGAUACAUUGCUGAUAUGAAAAAGUUCAAGAAACUACCAGUGGAUAGCGGCGUGGCCCCAAGUAGCGAGUUCGGUGGAACGAGUGAGUAUGGCCUCAAUCUUUCCGUCUCAAGCAGUGAUCAAUCUUCUUCUGAAUAUAGUAGAAGGACUGUAACUGAUACAGGAAGUAAGAAAUACACUCCGUGAGAAGCAAGUCUCAUCUAAUAUGAUAUGUUAGAGAAGAUCAAAAUAAUUUUAAAUUAUAGAGAAGAUCAAAUUGCAAAUACUGUUAUUAGUUCUGAAAUAAUUGAGAAUGAAAUGAAAAUUGAACGCGAGUUUGUUUGAAAA